GAGCAGGACAGACGCUGUGAGUGAGUUUUGGUGUUCUCAUCCUUACGCCAGCUCCUCUAGCUGCUCUGUGCAAAAGCAGACGCCCCAUUGGAUGAGCACGACCAGACUGCAAAAGUUACAAUGCGCAUCUGUUUAUUAUAGCUGCUCAGCGAGAGGCUUGAGUGACUUUUCCUCUUUUCCACAGCUUUGCCUCUCAGCGUUUAUUCAGCUGUACCUGCAAGUCAAAGGACAGGAGCCCUCGGUCGGGUCCUUUGCAAAUCUCCUGCUCGGGAGACAAGCUCUGACUCCAGACCACAGAGGUCAGACGGGUCGGGGAAAACUUAAUUGUGUUGUUCUGAGCGCUGGAGUUGCACACAUGUGGGUGGACAUGCGGGACAGCGCGCGCGGAGAACGGCUGCCGCAGCUGGCCGUUGCUUUGCUGGCUGUGCUGUCGCUCUUUGCUGGGCUUGGAGACCCUGCUGAGGUGGUGGACACCGAGGACAGGGAGGCGGUGACCAAGAUUACCGACACUAGAGCCAACCGGGCAAAGAGGAGGGGAGGAACAGACGUCCUGAGAGGGCCAAAUGUUUGUGGCUCGAGGAACAAUGCCUUCUGCUGCCCAGGCUGGAAGACUCUUACUGGAGGGAACCAGUGCAUUGUUCCAAUAUGCCGAAGUAUGUGUGGCGAUGGUUUCUGCUCAAGACCUAAUUUAUGCACCUGCCCCAAUGGCCAGAUUGCCCCUACCUGUGGAUCCAAAUCAGUCCAGAACUGUAACAUUCGGUGUAUGAAUGGAGGAUCAUGUGCGGAGGACCACUGCCUGUGCCAAAAAGGAUAUGUAGGAAACCACUGUGGACAGCCGGUCUGUGAAAAUGGUUGUCUCAAUGGAGGAAGGUGUGUUGCUCCCAACAGAUGCGUGUGUACAUACGGCUUCACCGGGGCCCAGUGUGAGAGAGAUUACCGCACUGGUCCGUGCUUUGCCUCUGUGAAUAACCAGAUGUGCCAAGGCCAGCUCUCAGGCAUUGUGUGCACAAAGACAUUAUGUUGUGCCACUGUGGGACGAGCGUGGGGUCACCCUUGCGAGAUGUGUCCAGCCCAGCCUCACCCCUGCAGAAGAGGGUUCAUACCCAACCACCGCACCGGGGCUUGCCAAGAUGUGGAUGAGUGCCACGCCAUUCCUGGCAUCUGUCAAGGAGGGAACUGCAUCAACACAGUGGGAUCCUUUGAAUGUAAAUGCCCUGCUGGGCACAAGUUCAAUGAGAUCUCACAGAAAUGUGAAGAUCUGGAUGAGUGCUCAAACAUCCCAGGUCUCUGUGGAGUGGGUGAAUGCUCCAAUACUGUUGGCAGCUAUUUCUGCAAGUGUCCUCAGGGGUAUUACACUUCUGUUGAUGGAUCUAGAUGUAUAGACGGCCGUGGCGGAUACUGCUACGCCAGCCUACUGAAUGGGCGCUGUGCCAACCAGAAUUCUCAGCUGCUGACUAAAAUGCAGUGUUGUUGCGACAGUGGACGUUGCUGGUCUGACGGCUCUACCCCUGAGAUGUGCCCCAUUCGUGGAACAGAGGCAUACCAGAGGCUGUGCAUUCAGAUACCUGAUAACGAUGAAGCAGUUGUGUUCCCUGGUCGUGGUCCAAGGCCGGAAGUGCCCAAUAUCUAUCCGGUUCCUCGUCCAGAUCGGCCAGAGAUUUAUGGACCCCCUCCAAUCCCGGAGAGGGAACGGAUCCCUGAUUAUAUUCCUGAGCAAACUCCUAUACAGCCACCCCCACACGUUCCUACUAUAAUCCAAACACAAAAUAUAAGCAACCCAUGCCAGUUCUACCGAAACCUCUGCCUGAAUGGCAGGUGUGUCCCAUUGCCGGGAGGCACAUAUCGCUGUGAGUGCAACAUGGGCUUCAAGUUGGAUAGAAGGGGCGAAUGCAUUGAUGAUGAUGAGUGUGAGAGAAACCCAUGUGCACAUGGAGAAUGUGUGAACACCCCUGGGUCUUACAUCUGUCAAUGUCCUGCCGGCUUCCAGUCAACUGCGACCAGGACGGAGUGCCGGGAUCUGGAUGAGUGUGUGGCCAAUGGUCGGAUCUGCAACAACGGCCGCUGUGUGAACACUGAGGGGAGCUUCCACUGUGUCUGCAAUGCUGGGUUUGAAAUUACAGCAGAUGGAAAAAAUUGUCAAGACCAGGACGAGUGUCUGAUCAGAAACAUGUGCCUCAAUGGACUGUGCAUAAAUGAAGAUGGCAGCUUUAAAUGCAUCUGUAAAUCUGGAUUCCUGCUUGACACCAGUGGACGCAUGUGUGUAGACAUCGAUGAGUGCGAGACCCCAGGCAUGUGUAUGAACGGACACUGCGUCAACACAGAGGGCUCGUUCCGCUGCGAGUGUAUGGCCGGGAUGGCGGUGGGCCUGGAUGGACGAGUCUGUGUUGACACACAUAUGCGGAGUACUUGUUAUGGCGGCUACAAUCGAGGGCAGUGUGUUAGGCCUUUGUUUGGAGUUGUGACCAAGUCAGAGUGCUGCUGUGCAAGCACAGAGUAUGCCUACGGAGAGCCCUGCCAGCCCUGCCCCCGAGAAAGCUCGGCUGAGUUCCAGGCUCUGUGCCCCAGUGGCUCUGGCACAGCCGGCGAUGGAAGAGACAUUAAUGAAUGUGCCCUGGACCCUGACAUUUGCCAGAAUGGAGUGUGUGAGAACAUGCAGCGCACAUACAAAUGCACCUGCAACACAGGCUUUGAGGUGGACCUCUCAGGAAGAAACUGUGUUGACAUUAAUGAGUGUAUGAUGAACAGCCUGCUCUGUGACAACGGUCUGUGCAGGAACACGCCGGGAAGCUUCACCUGCCAGUGCUUCAAAGGAUUCCGAUUUGAUCCGGAAACGGACGUCUGCGAGGAUAUAAAUGAAUGUGAGUCAAACCCUUGCAUCAACGGGGACUGCGUGAACAGCCAAGGCUCCUUUGUGUGUACUUGUUCAGCAGCCAGUUCUUUAGACAGCACUGGAUUAGAGUGCAUAGAGACAGUAAAGAGCACCUGCUGGCUAAAGAUGGUGAAUAAUCGCUGUGAGGUCAACAUCAAUGGAGCCACGCUCAAGUCUCACUGCUGCGCCACACUGGGAGAAGCCUGGAACAGUCCGUGCGCCAAAUGUGAAAAAGAUCCAAUCUGUGGUAAAGGUUUUGCUAGAGUCAAAGGAAAUGUCUGUGAGGAUGUGGACGAGUGUCAGGUGUUUCCCGGAGUUUGCAUCAAUGGCAAGUGUGUAAACACACAAGGUUCCUUUUUCUGCCAGUGCCCCCCUGGGAUGACCGUUGAUGUCAGCGGAAGAACUUGCAUUGACCUGCGCACAGAGCAUUGUUAUCUGACCCAUGACGAUGAGCGCUGUGGAACACCCAUACCAGGGAGGCACCGUGUGGACGCCUGCUGCUGCUCAGUUGGAGUUGCCUGGGGUCCCGAGUGUGAUGAAUGUCCAGAAAAUGGCACUCCGGAAUUUGCCCAGCUUUGCCCACGUGGCCCAGGCUUCUCACACAGGGGGGACUUCAUCAACGGCAGACCUUUCCUCAAAGACAUAAAUGAAUGCAGGAUGAUCAACACCCUGUGCUCCAAUGGGAGGUGCCGGAACACCAUUGGCAGCUUCCGAUGUCGCUGCGACAAUGGUUUCGCUCUGGAUGCAGAUGAGAGGAACUGUACUGACAUUGACGAGUGCCGCAUCUCUCCGGACCUGUGCGGACAGGGCACGUGUGUCAACACACCAGGAGAUUUCGAGUGCAAUUGCUUCGAAGGUUUCGAGAGUGGUUUCAUGAUGAUGAAAAACUGCAUGGACAUCGAUGAAUGUGAGAGGAACCCUCAGUUGUGUCGUGGAGGUGAAUGUGUAAACACGGAAGGCAGCUUUCAGUGCAUUUGCCCCCCAGGACAUGAGAUCACCCCUGAUGGGUCAGCCUGUCAAGACAUCAAUGAAUGUGACUUGAGCGACAGGCUGUGCAGGAAUGGUCAGUGUGUCAACAUGGUUGGGAGCUAUUACUGCAACUGUAACACAGGAUACAAAUCUACCGAGGAUUUGGUGAAUUGUGUUGACAUCGAUGAGUGUACGAUUGAGAAUGGUGGAUGUGAGACUUUUUGCACCAACUCAGAGGGCAGCUAUGAGUGCAGCUGCCACAACGGAUAUGCUUUGAUGCCUGAUCAAAGAAGCUGCAUUGAUAUUGAUGAAUGUGAGGAGAACCCAAGCACCUGCGAUGGGGGCCAGUGCACCAACAUCCCAGGGACUUACCAAUGCCUGUGCUUUGACGGCUUCAUGUCAUCUGAGGAUAUGAAGUCGUGCCUGGAUGUGGAUGAGUGUGAGUUGAACUCAAACAUCUGUCUGAGUGGGAACUGCGAGAACACCAAGGGUUCCUUCAUCUGCCACUGUGACCUGGGCUACUCUGUGCGUAAGGGAACCACAGGCUGCACAGACAUCAACGAAUGUGAGAUUGGAGCCCAUAACUGUGACAGACAAGCAACUUGCACCAACACAGCGGGCAGCUUUAAGUGCAACUGUGCUCCAGGUUGGAUUGGUAAUGGCCUCAAGUGCACAGACCUGGAUGAGUGCUCGAAUGGCACACACUCAUGCAACAACAAUGCAGAAUGUCAGAACACCAUGGGCUCCUAUCGCUGUGUGUGCAAGGAGGGGUACUUUGGAGAUGGAUUCUUCUGCUCAGACAGCGAUGAGUGUGCAGAAAACAGCGACCUGUGUGAAAAUGGCCACUGUCUGAAUCUACCCGGAGGUUUCAGAUGUGAAUGUGACAUGGGCUUCAUCACCACGGCUGAUGGCAAAGCCUGCGAGGACAUAGAUGAAUGCAUCUUCGCAGACAUCUGUGUCAAUGGACGCUGCCAGAACCUCCCAGGACUUUUCAGAUGUGAAUGCAACAUUGGUUAUGAACGAGACACGAGUGGAGGCAACUGCACAGAUAUAAAUGAAUGUGCAGACCCAACCACCUGCAUUAAUGGAAUCUGUGUCAACAUCCCGGGAACUUACCUUUGUAACUGCCCACCCGAUUUUGAACUCAACCCCACAGGAGUGGGCUGUGUAGACAUUCGCUCUGGGAGCUGCUACCUGAACGUUCUCGCUCGGGGAGAUGCAUCAGAGAAUUAUGUCUGCUCCCAAGAGAUUGGAGUUGGAGUUUCCAAGGCAUCCUGCUGCUGCUCUGAGGGCGCUGGCUGGGGAUCUCCAUGCGAAGCAUGUCCUCAUGUUAACUCAACUGGGUACAAGACGCUGUGUCCUGGAGGAGAAGGCUUCAGACCCAACCCCAUUACUGUCAUACUGGAAGACAUCAAUGAGUGUCAGGAACUGCCGGGACUGUGCCAGGGCGGGCAGUGCAUCAACACCUUCGGUAGCUUCCAGUGUGAAUGCCCCCGAGGCUUUUCCCUCAACCUGGACACCAGAGUGUGUGAAGAUAUUAAUGAAUGUGAACAUCCAGGAAUUUGUGGUCCAGGCCAGUGCUACAACACCAUCGGAAAUUACACCUGCAUCUGCCCUGCUGACUACAUGCCCGUCAAUGGAGGGAACAACUGCAUGGACAUGAGGAAGAGCUACUGCUACAGAAACUUUUACUUGGACAAUGGGACAUGCGAUGGGGAGCUCACUUUUAACAUGACCAAAAAAAUGUGCUGUUGCUCCUACAACAUCGGACGUGCUUGGAACAAACCAUGUGAACAGUGUCCCGUUCCCAGCACUGAUGAAUUUGCGAUCUUGUGUGGCAGUGAAAGACCCGGGUAUUAUAUCGACAUCACAACUGGACGGGUCAUUGACAUCGAUGAGUGCAGGGAGAUCCCAGGAGUGUGUGAGAAUGGAGUGUGCAUCAACAUGAUUGGCAGCUUCAGAUGCGAGUGUCCCAUUGGCUUCAUCUACAAUGAUAAACUGCUAAUUUGUGAAGAUAUUGAUGAGUGUCAGAAUGGUCCGGUGUGCCAACAAAAUGCAAACUGUUUGAAUAUGCCCGGAAGCUUCCGUUGCGAGUGUGAACAUGGAUUUCGUUUCACCCCCACUGGGCAGUGUCUAGAUCGUAAUGAGUGCAAUGAGAACCCUGGCAUCUGCAACCCCGGGCAGUGCAUUGACAUACUAGGAAGCUAUCGCUGCGUCUGCCCCAAUGGCUACAAAACAACCAGGGACCAGUCCAUGUGUGUUGAUGUGGACGAGUGCGAGAGGCAGCCGUGUGGAAAUGGAACAUGUAAGAACACCCUGGGAUCCUACAACUGUCUGUGUUACCCUGGCUUUCAGAACUCGCACAACGGUGACUGCAUAGAUGUUGAUGAGUGUUCGACUCAGAGGGGCUUGUGUCGAAAUGGCAACUGCAGGAACAUUGUGGGAAGUUUCCUGUGUGUGUGCAAUGAUGGCUAUGAGCUGACAUUAGAUGGCAGAGUUUGUACAGAUAUCAACGAAUGUGCAGUGAAUCCAGGCACAUGUGGUGCAGGAACUUGUGUGAACAUGGAUGGAUCUUACAGGUGUAUCUGUCCACCAGGCUAUUACCUGCAUGAAGAAACAUGUGAAGAUAUUGACGAGUGCUCUCAGUCGCCUGAAAUCUGCACAUUUGGAACCUGCUCCAACACUGAGGGCAGCUUCACAUGCCAGUGUCCUGAAGGCUUCCAGCUCUCUGCCUCCGGACGCAGAUGUUUAGAUAUUCGUGUGAACUACUGUUUUACCAAGUUUGAAAAUGGCCGCUGCCUGGUGCCAAAGCCUCAGAACAUAUCUAAGGAAGCGUGCUGCUGCACUAGGAUGCCUGGUCAAGGUUGGGGAGAUCCAUGUGAAUUAUGUCCUGCUAAAGACCAGGAAGCAUACCGUGUACUUUGUCCCAAUGAGGGAUAUGAACGUGGGAAAGAUGACAAUCCAACAGACAUUAACGAAUGCCUCAAUAAUCCAUGUGUAAAUGGCCAGUGCAUCAACACAGAUGGCUCCUUCCGCUGUGAAUGUCCCAUAGGAUACAAUCUGGAUACCAGCGGAGUCACGUGUAUAGACAUAAAUGAAUGUGACAUCGGCAAUCCCUGCGGCAAUGGCACGUGCACCAAUGCCAUCGGAGGAUUUGAGUGCACAUGUGAUGAAGGCUUUGAGCCUGGACCAAUGAUGAGUUGUGAAGACAUCAAUGAGUGCUCCCAGAAUCCUUUGCUGUGUGCCUUCCGCUGUGUGAACGUGGUGGGCUCGUACGAGUGUAAAUGUCCCACGGGAUAUGUACUCCGCGAGGACAGGAGAAUGUGCAAAGACCAGAAUGAGUGUGAGGACGGCAUAGACGACUGUGCCAGCAGGGGAAUGACCUGCAAGAACCUGAUCGGCACUUACAUGUGCAUCUGUUCUCCUGGAUACACUCGUCAUCCCAGUGGAGAUGGCUGCAUAGACUUAAAUGAGUGUGCAACCAAGCCAGGAAUCUGUAGGAAUGGCCGCUGUGAAAACACAGUGGGAAGCUACCGCUGCAAAUGUGACCAAGGAUUCGUCGCUAACCCCACACAGACCGAAUGUAUUGAUAACCGUGAGGACUUCUGUUACACUGAAGUUCUGACCACUCUGUGUCAGAUGUCUUCCAGUAACAGGAACUUGGUUACCAAAUCCGAGUGUUGCUGUGAUGGAGGCCGAGGCUGGGGCAUCAACUGUGAACUUUGCCCCCUGCCAGGGACCUCCCAGUACAAGAAAAUGUGUCCACUGGGACCAGGCUACACCACAGAUGGCAGAGACAUUGACGAAUGCCGUGUGAUGGGAAACCUGUGCAAAAAUGGUCAGUGUGUCAACACCAAAGGAUCGUACAAAUGCAUCUGCAUACCUGGCUACACAACUGACAUCACAUCCACUCAGUGUGUGGAUAUUGAUGAGUGCAUACAGGCGCCUAAGCCUUGUAACUUCAUCUGCAAGAACACAGAAGGAAGCUACCUUUGUUCCUGCCCUCGAGGAUACAUCCUACAAGAAGAUGGAAAGAGCUGCAGAGAUCUGGAUGAGUGCUCCACCAAACAGCAUAAUUGCCAGUUCUUAUGUAUUAACACCAUCGGUGGCUUCACCUGCAAAUGUCCUCCUGGAUUCACCCAACAUCAUAGUGCCUGCAUUGACAACAACGAAUGCUCAUCAGACCCCAAUCUGUGUGGCUCCAACGGCGUUUGCCAGAACACCCCAGGGAGCUUCAACUGCGAGUGCCAGCGGGGAUUUUCGUUGGACUCAAAUGGACAAACAUGUGAAGACAUGGAUGAGUGUGAUGGAAACCACAGGUGUCAGCAUGGCUGUCAAAACUUAGUGGGAGGAUACAGGUGCAGCUGUCCCCAAGGUUACCUACAACACUACCAGUGGAACCAGUGUGUUGAUGAGAAUGAGUGUCUGAACACCCAGAUCUGUGGAGGAGCAUCGUGCCACAACACCCUGGGAAGUUUCCGCUGCCUCUGCCCCUCAGGCUUCGACUACGAGCAGACGAGUGGAGGCUGCGCAGACAUCAAUGAGUGCUCCACCACGCAGAACCCCUGCAAGUUCGGCUGCUCAAAUACAGACGGGGGCUACUUGUGUGGGUGUCCUCCUGGAUACCUCCGUGCAGGACAAGGACACUGCGUCACUGGUGUGGGCUUCACGAGUGGGAGCCCUAAUGGUGAACUGGGAAGCGAGAUGGAUGACAAUUCACUUUCUCCAGAAGCCUGCUAUGAAUGUAAGAUCAACGGUUACCCCAAGAAAGGACGUAAGCGGCGCAGUUCCAACUCAACAGAAGAGGAACCUCACGAGGAGAUGCAGCAGCUAACUGAGGUGGUCAGCCUAGCCAGUCUGGACAUCGAAGACACUCUCCGAUUCCACCUGAACAUUAGCGAUGUCAGCAGCCGUGAUCACAUCCUUGAGCUCACCCCGGCCUUGUCUACUCUCAGCGACCACGUGCGCUACAGCAUUGACUCCGGAAACAAGCAGGGCUUCUUCAGAAUCAACCAAAGAGAAGGCGUCAGCUACCUGCAUUUCAGCAAAAAGGCGGCGCCGCUUCCGGGGACGUAUCACCUUCAGAUCAGCAGCAUACCCCUCUACGGGAAGACGGAGCUGGCCAAACUGGAGGACCAACAUGACAAAGACUACCUCACAGGACAGCUGGGAGACAUACUGAUGAUGAGGGUGCAGCUCGUUCUCCAUUAACCACCACAAGACUGAGGGAGGCAGAUGUUGCCAGCAGCUGCUAACCCAGCAUUGGGCUCACUCUACCCAGAAGGCCGAAUGUUUUUGACCCUGGGUCAGUAGUUAGGGGGCAACCUCUCCUCACUCCAACGUAGAGCAGGGCUUAUCACCAAAGAGACUAUAGGGUGACAAGGGGGGGGGGG